UCGCUCGCUGUAGUGUGACCGUCUCCGGUUGGUCAGUCUCUAAUUUUUUAGAAGCGGAAAACUGUGAGCAAAACGCGUGGAAAUUGUGCUCAAAACGUCAACAAAAAAUUUGUGAAAUUAACUGGGAGCGUAGUAUGCGAACGCGGCAAUCGCAGAACUAUGAAAUUCCUCCGUGAAACGUGUUAGUUUGUCUGCAAAAGUGCUUUGAAUUCACGAUUUCUUAUUAGCGUGUUGGAAAAGAGGAAAACACACACAAUGUAAUAAACGUUCGAAACAACGCCGCGACAUCAUCUGAGUGCUGCAAAUCAACAAUGUGCAACAGAACAAAAAACAAGUGUCCAAAUGUGUACAAGUCCAACUUGUACAGUAAAAAUUAAAAUAAAAAGUUACAGAAAACUAAAAUAAACACGUAGCUUGCCGAAAAUAAAAUAAAGUUGUGCAAAAUGAAGUGAAAACUCAAAAUAACAGAGUAAACGAAACAACGAAGGAUCGUUUUUGUGAAUACCGUACCCAUAAAAAAAGUUGCAAUUUACAACGACGGACAACAACGCGGAAUCUAUAAAGCAGUAAUAUCCCCAUAAGAAAAAAAACAGGAUCAGAUUUAGGAAAAGGAUCCAGAGAGCUAAGAAGGAGAGGAGUAGGAGCGAAGUUGCCAGGGAGCACGCUGAGGAAGUCGUCGAAUCUCUCGAAGCGUUAUGAUUGUGAUGGCUGACAAUGUGAUGUGGCAAAGAGUUGGACACCGUCUAUGCAAAUCGAGCGCGCACCACCGCCUACGCCCACAGUUGUUACCAGAGGGAGCCUCAGCCUCCAUCCUCCGUUCCAGAGCCAGAGGUUAUGUAUUGAGCCCCCAAUGUUUUGGGGGCACGUCAACGAAGGCCCAGCGUCAGCAGGAGCAGAACCGCCAGCAACAUGACGGCUUCGCCUGUGAAGUAGUGUUGUGAAAUAGAAACUGAAACCGAGACCAUAACCGAGCUCAAAAAAAAAGCGAGUGAACUCUCAGGCCGCCACAGGCUCCCUCCCUCUAAACUCACGUCUAAUUUUAGUUCGCAGACCGAUCUGCAGCAACAGCACCACCACCAUGCCCAUGUCCAGUCACGACACGGUCUUUGUGGAGCCGGCCGUCAGCAGCAGCAGCGGCGGCGGCGGCAGCACCAGCAGCAACAAUCGCGUCGGAGUAGCUGGCGGCCCCCAGCCGCCGCCUCCUCACAUCGUCAUCGAUGGCAGCCUGUCCACGCAGGCCCAAUUGCAGCGUAUCAUGCAACGCCGCAUGUCGAUCAGCACGCGCCAGAUCCUCAGCGCCAGCCAAUCCCAGUCAAUGAAUCCGACGCAAAAGUACGCGGUGCGUACAGCAGCAGGAACCGCAGCACUCACCGCGACGGCAGCCACAUCGGCCAGCCCCGGCCAGGAGCUGAUCAAUCCCCAGAUCUACAAGAUUGUGACCACUGACGGCAGCACCAGCAACGUCAUUAUCGAUGCCUCUGCUGCGGCUCCGCCGCACAACUCCAAGCUGCUGCUCAGCAAUCUCACGGUGCUUUCCAAGCAGGCGCCAGUCCAAGGAGGCGCCGCCCAGCAGCAGCAACAGCUGAACUACCUUGGUGCCAAGAGUCUGCCAUAUGUGACGGCUUCGCCGGCCAAGACGCAGCAGCAGCCCCAGAAGUUCGGCAGCAUCGGGGCAUUUAAGGCGCAACAACAGCAGCAACAUCAUCCGCAUGCCACUCUGCAGAAGGUGACGUUGGGCUCCCGGGUGGCCACCCGCCUGCAAUCAUAUGUCCCGGCAACUCCCUCGCAGAUUAUGGUGCAGCCGGCGCAGCCUAAGUAUGUAAACGCUACGGCGACACCAUUAGGUGGAAAUGCAGCACUUUUAAAGAAGGCCAACCAAAAGAUCACGGUCAAGAGCGUGGCCAAUUUGACACAACAACAACAACAGCAGCAGCAGCAGCAGCAACAACAACAGCAGCAGCAACUUCAAGCGCAGCAGCUGAAAACCUUUAUUACGCAGCAGCAACAGCAGCAAACCUUCAAGGCGGGCGCCAAGGCUAAGUUUGUGAAACAGACGACAGCCCUGUCGAUUGCCACGCUGCCCCAACAGCAGCAGGCCGCAACGUACACCAAACAAACGAUGGUCACCACGCCCACGCCGGCAAAGGUCACCAAACUGAACAGCAAGUACGUGCAACAGCAGAUCAGUCUGCCGCAGGGAACGCAACUGCAGCACAAGACGUCGCCGAAUGUCCCCGGAGGAGGAGGAUACCUACUGCAGCAGUCGCAGGCCGCUGUCGGAGGCACGAUUAAGUUUGUGAACUCUCACGGCACCGUCAUCCAGCAGCAUCCCCAGCAACAACAGCAGGCGACCAAGCGUACCCACUACAACAGCAGCGGCAGCAGCGACAAUGAGCAGCACGGCGUGGCCAACUCCUCGCUGAUCACCGACGACGUGAUGAUCGUCAACGGCACUCAAAUGACGGACGAACUGUCUGCCAGAAUCCUGCAGAGCAUGGCCCAGAAGUCGUUUAGCCAGCAGCAGCAGCGAUUCCAGCAGGUUCCGUCAACGGGCAGCAGCAGCAGCAACAUGCCGCCGCCCACCCAGAUCAUCUACAGCAACAGCGGCAGCAGUAGCAAUGGGGCACCCACCAGCAGUCCGGGUGCGAAUACGUCGGGAAAUCUGCUGCUUGCCCACUAUCAGGCAGCUGGCUCAAAGCCGGUCUCCUCGGCAUCGUUUCUGGCGGUCUCGAGUUCCCCAGUGGUGGCCACAACGCCAUCGGUGAGCAUCUCGUCGCAUGGCUUUGCCAGCGGAAGCGCGGCCAUCUCCUCCUACAUGUCCUCGGCGACGGCGGCGCGACGACAGUCGGUUAGUGCGCCCAGUAGCAGGUCAGUGUCCCUAGAGCGAAAGCAACACCAGCAGCUGCAGCACGAAGUGAUGGCCGGUGGACGAAAGGCACCCACGGUCAUUGAGUAUUACAACAAGCAUGGCGUGAACAGCAUCAUCGGCAGCAGCAGCAGUAGCCUAACCCAAAGCAACAGCAUGAGUAAUCUCGGAACCCUGCGAAACACCAGUGCUAGUGGAUUCGCCACGACCACUCCAACGCCAGCAACUCCGCUUCACCUGACGCCGCUGAACGUUCCAGUCCACGUGGAGGCCGUUCCACCAUCUUCGCCAGCGCUGAUCAAGUUGGCGAACCAGGCGCCGGCGCAGCCACAACAGCAGUCGCAUACGCUGGCAAACAAUCAGCCGAGUGCCAACGACGAGGAGCUGUACAUCGAGGAGGUGCGCCCGGUGCCGGUGCUCACGCAGGAUCUACGCCUUCAGCAGCUGCACGCCAUCAUGCAGGACCACACGUACGCCUCGCAGCAGCAACAGCAGCAGGCCCAGCAGGCGACAGGAGACACCUCGAUUCCGGGAGCCACUCAGCAGGCCCACCAGCCGCAGCAGUGGUCACUGGGCGGUAUCGGGGUCACGGUGGCCGGUGGUCAGGCAACUCCCACGGCAGCAGUCGGAUAUGCCAGCUAUUUUGGUCAGCAAAUUCCUCGCCAUGUGGCUGAUGACGAUGCCCAUUCGGCCAUCAGCAGCAGUUCGCGUUUGGGACUGGCUAGUACGGACAUCGAUCCUGGCGAGGAGACGGAAACAGCACCAGAAGCUGAGGCAGAGGAUGAUUCCGUCACCAGGUGCAUCUGUGAACUUACCCAUGACGAUGGGUACAUGAUAUGCUGUGACAAGUGCUCGGCUUGGCAACAUGUGGACUGCAUGGGCAUCGACCGUCAAAACAUACCGGAGGAGUACAUGUGCGAGCUGUGCCAGCCGCGUGCAGUGGACAAAGCGAGGGCUCGAGCACUGCAGCGUCAGAAGCGCAAGGAGCACAUGCUUCUGGUGGCCACGCAAGCGGCAAAUGGAGCUGCCGCCGUGGCAGCGGGAACAACGCUCAGUGCAGGACUCGGUCCAGGUUUGGCCAUGUCCGAAGAACUGCAGCAACGGUUGGCGUCUGGCAUGAAUGGCGGGUUCGCCACAGGCACCGGCAUGUCCAAGAAAUCGAAGAAAACCAAAGAGAACGCGGGCAAUACCUCCGCUUUAAAGAAAGCCAAGAAGAGCGGCGCGGGCUUGGGUGGCGAAAAGAGCGGCAGCGGAGGUGCAAACCCCUCGGGAAGUGGCGGCAAGUCGAGCAAGAAGAGCAGCAAGCGCAAGAGCAAGUCCAGUGGCGAUGGAUCAUGCGGCGGGGGAAACAGUCCCGCCUUGACGGCAGCCGAAAAGCAUGCCGCCAAUUUGCGCCAGUGGAUCGAGAACUACGAGUAUGCGGUGACCAAUCACUACUCCCCGGAACUUCGCGCCCGCCUGCACGCCAUUCAGAAGCAGCCGGGCCUGCUGCAGAGUAUCCAGAACACGGAGAACAAGGCGCUGCGCCAGAUCCAGCAGCAACUCUCGACAGCCGGCAGCAGUGAGCAACUGGAGCAGCGCGCCCAACUCAUCCCAUAUGCGGGCGCCAAGAUUCUGAUUAGCAGCGUUGAGCUGGCGCCGAAUGCCCCCAUCCACGAGCUGCGCGGCAAGUAUAUGCUAACGACCCAGUUCCGCACCCAGAACCCGACCGUCAACAUGAACACGCCGCCACCCAGCAAUUACCUGAACAGCUUCAAGGCGCACAAGACGCCCGGUCAGUUUGUGUUCUUCUACCAGCUGCCCGGCGUGGAGGCGCCCAUGCAGACCCGGCGGCCGGACGGAAGUGUGCCACAAGUGGCGCAGCAACCGCCCUCUUAUCUCAAGGGUCCGGAAGUAUGCGUGGAUACGCGGACGUACGGCAACGAUGCUCGCUUUGUGCGUCGCUCUUGCCGACCCAACGCCGAACUGCAGCACUACUUCGAGAAGGGAACCCUCCACUUGUACAUCGUGGCACUGACGCAUAUACGCGCCCAGACGGAGAUUACGGUGCGCCACGAACCGCACGACCUGGCGGCUGUGGAGCAGAAGAAGUCACAUGCCGCCGUCAUCCAGCCGACGAGUACGCGAUGCGCCUGUGACAUGGGCAGCGAUUGCCUGUUCGCUUUGCCACUGGCAGUGCAGCAGCAGCUGCAGGCGCCGCCAACGCAGCCGAGGAGCAGUCAUCGCAACAAGGCGGCGGCAGCAGCAGCGGCGGCAGCUGCGGCAAACAGUGCGGCAGCCAUACAGUUGACCAUGGGUCUGGGCGUUGGAGCGACUGUGGCGGGUGUGCUGCCCAAUUCCCGCAAUCGAUCCACCUCAUCCAGCGGCGAGAGCAGUCAAAUGGGUCUGAACAGUCCGCAGCUGGGACAAUUGAAUCUGGGCUUCAAGCCCUCGCCAACCGCAGCAUCGCUAACGGCGCCGGUGCCCGGAGUGCAUUGCAACAACAGCGGUGGGAGCAGCAGCAGCAGCAACAACUCCUGCUCGGUGUCCAUGUCCAGUGUGCUGCACGACUCGGGCAUCUGUACGUCCUCCUCGUCGCCGUCGGUGUCCAUUCCCUCGCCCACGCCCGCCCAGUUGCAGUCGCCCACCUUGCAGCAGCAUCCGCACCAGAUGCCCCAUCAACAGCUGUCGCUCUUGCAACGCAGCCCGACGCAACAGCAUCAGCAACAGAUCCUGGCUGCGCUACCCACGCCCAUGCUCACGCCGAUGCUCUCACCACAAUUGCCGAAACCUGCACAGCAGCAGCAGCAGCCGGCACUUCAGCAGGCGCAUGUUGUGUUGCCGAUACAGCAGCAAUCUUCCCUGCUGCAGCAACAGCCGCAGCAAAGCCAGGAGCCGUUGGCCGUAAUCGCAGCCGCAGCAGCUGCCCAACAACCGAUGGCCACCUAUUUUGUACGGCAACCUCAGCAGCAGCAGCAGCAACAACCAUCGCCACAAGCGCAGCAUUCGGUGGUGGCACAGCAGCAAAAUUUGGUCACCGCUCAGCCACAACAACAACAGCAACACUUUCUGCAGCAGCAGAAACAACAACAACAACACCAGCAGCAAAUGGCGGAUGAGGCUAGAAUGGCAGUGAGUGCAUUGCAAACACUGCAUGCCACGCCCACUUCACAUAUUGUGACGCCAAUCAAGGUGGCGGCAGUUCAGCAGCAAACCCACCAGCAACAACAACAAACUGUUCAGCAACAACAACCACAACCACAUCAGUUGCAACAGCAACAACAAGUGAAGCAGCUGAACUAUCCACAGUCGCCACAACAGCAGCAAAAAGGUCAAGUGUUGCAGCAUCAGCCGCAGAUCAUAUUUCCAAGCGGAGGAGGAGCAGGAGGAGCUCAGGCCAUCCCGGUCACCACGACGCCCACCAAAUUGAGUUCACCCACCAAGAGUGUGGCUCCUGUGAUCAACAACAACAACAACAAUAGUGUAAGUGCUUCUGGCCAAGCAUCGGUGGUUGGUGGAAAGAAAACACCAGCAAAGCAGCAGCAGCAACACAACCAGCAGCAGCAGCACCACCCAUCGACCCCGAAUUCCAGCACUUCAAAUGCAAAUGCAGCAACUCCUUCGUCCGCCGAGUCGAGAGAGGACGAUGGUGGACCAUCGAGUGCCACCACAACACCAACCACACGUGCGACGGCACCGAAGCAAUCGCGCGAGGAUCGCAAGCUGGAGGCCAUCAUGCGAGCAUUCGAGAAAAUGGAGAAGCAGCAGGCGCGUGCCAAGAAGGAGACGCGCCAGAGCAGCGGUGGCAAGCGGCAGGCGAGCAACUCACCCGCCUCGCCGAACAAGCGGGCGAGCAACUCCAUCAGCGAGGACGUUGAGACGCCGACGAGCACCAAUUCCGCCUCCUCGGCGGCGGCUGCUCAGCGUCGGAACAAGAAGAAGCGCAAGGUGAGUCGCAGCUACAACAACAACACGAAUGGCGUGGGAUUGGGAGGCAGCAACAACAAGCGGAGGAAGAGCAUCAUGGUGGAAUCCGAUGGGGAGUCUCAUGCGUUGACCAACUCGGAGUCGGAGGAUCAGGUUCAGCAUCCGCAACCACAUCACAGUGGCUCAGAGGAUCAGGCAGCGGGUCUCCUCUUGGCUUUGGCACACAACAAUUCAUCGCCCAACGAGUCAUUCAAGUCGCCCUCUUCGCAAUCGCAUUCGCUGCCCGCAACUCCGGCUUCGGUGAGCAGCGCCUGUCUGCUGAUCGAGGCGGCCAUGGGACCACUGGAACAGCAACCCACACCGGCGUCGGCGUCGCCUUCGCCUGGCGAGUUCAAGUAUCCACCUGGCGGGGCCAAGACCAAAAAGACGCUGAUGUCUAGUUGGUUCCAGCAGGCGGAACAGAGCGAGCAUCAGCCCGCCUCCGGUUUGGAUAGCCUCGUGCAGGCGGCCAUGAGCGAGAUAAACGGGGAGCGCGACCAGUUGCACCACCCGCCCCAAGGUCAAUCUUCGCCAGCGCCAGCCCUGCUCAAGGUGGAGCAGUUUAUCCACCAGGCGGAGUCCACGACUGCAGUUGCAAAUCGGGAACAAUUAAGUCUGCCACUGCAAAACAAUUCGUCAGUUAAAAAGCGCUGGCUGCGGCAGGCCAUCAGUGAAGAAACCACUCCGGUUGAGGAACUUCAGCAGCAGCAGCAGCAGAACCAGUCGGUGGCUGCCACGCCCUCGCCUCAGCCGGUGCCAACUGUGUCGCCAUUGGCGAACGGAUUCAGCACUCCGCUGAAGAAGCGGCGCCUGGUUGUCAUCAGCAAUGGAGCGAACGUGGAAGCGGAUGAGCCGCACAUCGAUGUCAUUGGAGAGCCCAAGGAGGAGGCAGAGGAGAUGCCGCCACUCAAGGUGGAAACGGAGCACCAACACCAAGAGCAGGAGGACGACGUGGACAUCCUGCGUUCGCCCAGUCCGGGAACACAUCAAAUAGUUGCCGAGGAUAAUCUGGUUAAGAUCGAGCCGGAGGAUACGAGUGCGGCGGCCGAGGAUGUGAAGAUCGAUGUGGAGCGCGAGGAGAGCCAGGCAUGCGACAAGUUCGAGGAGAUGGUCAAGGUGAAGCGCGAGGAGGAGGAGCAGCGUGAACAGCAAAACCAACAGCUGCAGCAGCUACAAGAACGUCAGGAGCUGCAGCCGAAAGUGGAACCACCGCCUCUAGUGGAACCAAAGGUGGAAGGUACCGUGGUUAAAGCGACGCCCAAGGUGGAGGCAACUCCGGAACUUGUUCCCCCCAAAGUGGAGCCGGCGAAAGUUGAGCCCAAGCCAGGGGAAUCUCUGCUGCGCAGCACAGCUACUGCAAGUGCAACGGCAGCAGCAGCAGCUACUCUGCUCGAUGUGGGUAAGGUGGCACUAAAGACUAAGCCACCAUCGCUCAAAGUGGAGGAUGAGCCGCAAAAGAAGAAACCGAAACUGGAGGCAGUUCCUCCCACAACUGCAACGCAGCCCGUUUCAGGAGUUUCCAUUCCCGCAACGACGAAUGCAACUCCAGCUGCAACAACAACAAUCACACCUGCAACAGCGUUGGCAACAGCGGCUGGUCCUCCUCCGAGCACCAAAAAUCUCACCGAACACGAUAUACAGGAACGCUUGCUCUCCUUCCAUGCAGCCAACAUUUCCUAUCUGCAGUCCAGAAACAAAAAGGCCACCGCCGCAGUCUCGGCAACCGCCUCCUCCAGUCAGAAGAUCAACAGCAGCAGCAGUGGAGGAGGUAGUGGUGCCGAGUCGAAGAAGCCCUCCAAGGAGAAGGAUGAGAAGCGCGACAAGGAAAAGCAGCUGAAAAAGUCCAAGAAAGACAAGAAGAAGUCCAAGGAGAAGGAUAAGCAAAAGGCUGCGGCGAUUCUCACGCCGCAAAUCGUUGAGCCGAAGAAGAAGGCAUCUCAGCCGACGAAGCCAGACAGCAAAUCUCCAGCUUCGCAGAUUCUUGCGCCGCCCAGUGUGCCAACUGCAACGGCCAACGGAAAGACCAAGCACAUGGCACACAACAAUGUGGACCAGCAGCAACAACAGCAGCAUCAGCAGCAACAGCAGAUGAGGCGACGCACCUUGUCCAUGUGCAUUACGCCAGUCACGCCGGCUCCAGUUCCCUCGGCCUUGCUGGGAACGCCACCCACGACCAAGAAGCGCCAGACGAACUUCGAGCAGGAGCUGACCAAGCCGAACAGUCAGAUCCUGAGCAGCAGCAUCCUGCUGAACAGCAGUAAAGGUCUGGGCAUGCCGCUGACCACGCCCGCAGUGGUUGGCAUGCCCACGGUGGUUCAACAGCAGCAGCAUCGCAAGGAGAACAACCACCAGGAGGCGGCGACACCAGCGAGCGGUGGUGGACCCAUGAGUCUGGCGGCAGCCAUUGCCAGUGGGAAACUGACUGCCAUCAGCCGGCGGCGGGAGUCCAUGUGCGGCAGUCGCCAGCAGGCGCUCAUUGCCGCCGCUCUCAAGAAGGAGAAGAAGGAGAAGAAGAAGAGCAAGAAGAAGGAUCGCGAGAAGCAGAAGCACGAGAAGCAAAAGGGCAAGGACAAGGAGCGGGAAAAGGAAAAGGAGAAGGAGGCCAAGCAAAAGACCAAUCACAUACAGAAGCCAGUUCUUCCGGCGGCAGUUACUCCCAGUCCGGCUCCAAUUCCCACCCUCACUCCAGUUGCGGCUGCCACUCCCACUCCAAUGGCCACGCCGAGAGCUGCUCUCACGCCCAUGUCCACACCGAAAGCUGCUCCCAUUCCUGUGCUCAUAACCCAACCCACGCCGACUGCGAUCCAUGCAACCCAACCGGUGGGGAACAACUGCGUUCCCAAGGUGGCGCCGCUUCCCUUCUACAACACCAUCUACGGAAAGUUGCAGGAUCCACCGACACCCACAGUCAGCAGUCCCAGUCCCGCCACAAACACCAUGCCAAGUCUGGCGGAAUAUCUGGAGUCCACCAAGUCCAAAACGGCUGUAUCGCCGGCUGCCAAACCUAUUGGUGUAGCAGCAAUUGCGCCAAUCGGUGGGACGACACCAACGGCAACGGUUGCAACUGCAUCUGUGGAAAUGCCACCACCGACCACCACACCAUUGAAGCUGUACACGCGGACCGCCAGCCAUGAUCCGCGACUGAAUCCAAUGCUCACGGUGCCGGAUCCCACGCCCAUGCCGAAACGCAAGCUCUCCAUCAGUGAGUACAGGAUGCGCCAUCGUCCCUCGGUGGACACUGCUCCGACCACGCCCACAACACCGACCAUUCCAACAACUCCCACCACGCCAACGGGCAGCAGCAAGGAUCGGUGCUUCGCCAAGCCGCAGACCAUCAACAAGUGCUCGCUUCAGUCGCCGGAACGCUAUCACGCGGCGAUUCGGGAGCGUCGCAACUCUAUCAGUGCCCACCACCAUCCGCAGCAAGGCAUUAGCUUGAAUCUCAACAACAACAGCAGCCAUAAGAGCGGAAGUAGCAGCGGUAAUCACCUGCAGCAGGCGUUGGGCGUCUCCGGUGGAAGGAUGUCCGGGAAGAGUGCCAUAAUCGAUCCAGCUGCCACUACAUUGAGCACAGUGAAUAGCAUCCUGAGCACGGCUCAGAAGCUUCACAUGUUCGAUGACAAGCCAAAGGGUGGCCACUUCAAUGCAGCACCCACUCUCCUCGAGCAGCAGCAGGAGAAGAUGAGCGAGCGAUCGAGGUGCUUGCAGCGAACCAUUUCGUGUGACUCGCGGGUGAUCGAGCGAUUGGGUUCAGGUGCGGCUGCUAGUUCCUUGGAAAAGGUGACUACGGCGGCCGGCCGACGAGAUAAUGUCUGAAAUAUAAACCUUAAAACAACUGGAUGAAAAGACAACUGUAAGCAAGUUAAAGGAUCAAAAGGCGUUACACCACCAACAAAGAUGGUCACUAAACUGCAGAUGGAUUUCAAUUUUCGAUAGAUUCUCGCGCUCUCCUCACAUCAAACAAUAACUUACUACCCGUUUCUUGUUUAAAAACAUUAAUUUAUAGAAAAUUACAACGCGCAUACCGUAUGAGCAGCCUACCUGUAUGUUUUGUCGGUGGACAUCAGAAGAAAAGACGAUGCAAUUAUUGUACAUUACAAAACACAAAGCCAUUUGCCUAGCAAAAAUAAUUGGAACAUUUUGAAGAGAAAGAUAAACGUUCUACUAAAUACUUAGUUAUUCAAUGGUAUCGUUUUUGUCACAGCAAGCAAGCCGCUUAAAUUACUUACAAUCAAGAAGAGUAAAAUAUAUAUGCACAUGUAUAUGCUAAACACCUAUUAAUAGAGCCUAUGUAGCGCAAUAUAAGCAUAAACUUAAAUAGCACAUAGAGUACAGGUUAGACAGCCAAAUUUGAAGUUAAAAAAAAAAAAAACAGAUGUUAGAUACCACACUUGGCUCGUUUGGUAAUUGAUGUAUUUUUUAUUAUUUCUUAAGUUCAUUCAAACCGAGAGAAUAGUUUCGUUGUAACAACUGCAAAGGAGCCUAAAGUAGAUAUGGGGAGUAUCCAUCCCUGCUAAAUAUAAUUUGUGUAACAUUUGUUUAAAUUUUGAAUUACUUGUAAUUGUAGAAAUAAAAGAAAAAACUAUUACAAAACCACUACAAUAUUUACAAAAUAAAAAAAAGUUUAAACAGAUUGAUAAAGCAAGCAAUAUUACAAAAUCCAAUAACUAGAUUGAGAUCUUGGCAAAUAGUAAAAGUAAGAACGUUAGCAAGACCAAGAAAGCAGAAUCCGGGACUAAAAUCAAUGUAUAUAAUAUUUUUAUCAUUCAGAAGACACCAAAAGGAGAAAAUGAAAAACUACUUGUUAUCUUAUUAGGCAAGUAAUGUAAGUUAAAAAGAGUACAAAGCAAGAUUGAAAGAAGUUAAGAUUAUGAAAACCUGUUAAUAAUUGUAAAUAGCGGAGGCAGCAGAAUGUUUUGGAAGCCAUUUUCGUAAUUAGACAUAGUUUUUUUAUUUCCCGAAUUUCCCCUUAAAUAUAUUCUCAAAUUAGUUUUGAUUUUUAUAGCUUGUCAAGAAUUUUAACCGAUUAAUGCUGACCGGGAAUGUGUUCGAAGGUCUUAAAUGAUCUGUAUUUGAAAGUGAACAUUCAAUUAACACCAUUUAUAUUCUCUUUUGAAUGCAUUCCUUGGUGCAGCGUUUUUUGUUCUUAUUGUAAAAUAAACCAAAUUUUUCCUUUAAUUUAUAAAUAGUAAACAUGAGAGAAUUCAAGAUCCUAGAAAAAGUAAAAAAAAAAAAACUUAUUUUGACCCCGUGAAGAAAUUUUCAACUCUGAUAGAAUUUGUUAUUGAGAAUAAGCUAUAUACUAAAUUACUUUUAAGUUGUAAAGGUGUUUACAAAUCGGACUUUAAGGACAAUGUGGGGAAUUAGUUAUAGAAGAACUUUUGUACAUAUAUUUUAUUUCUUACAUUAACCAUUUAAAGAAAUCAAGCAGGUGGUCUUUAGCGAAGCGCUUUUCAGUUUAAUUUAUAUUUAUGUAAAUAAGCGUAAGCCCCAUUAAUAAUAUAACCAAAUAAGUGUAAAAUAUUUUACUGAAGUGUACUAAGCCGAUUUUAUGAAACGUAUGUUGUUAUUUUUUUUUAGCGCUGUACAAUAAAAACAAGACCUAUAUUAAACCUAUUUAUAGUUAUCUAUAAAACAUAAUUAUGAAUGAGGAGUUCAUAGUUUUCGUAAUACAGUUUUGAUAGUUGUAACAUAAAAGGAAACGAAAUUAUUUCUAACUUAUUUGAAAGAAAAAUACCUACUCGUAAUAAUUUUUACUCUACACUUAGAUUCUAUAUAAGUGCGAAUUUGAAUUGUAAGUCUAAGCAUAAUGGUUUUAGCUAUAAGUCAACCUUGGUUUAACUGAUGUAAAUUAAAUACGUUAAUUGUUUACUAAACAAACACAAGCAUGCCUAAAGAAGUUGGCAAACAAGCUUCGUCUGUAAAAUACAUUACAAAUGAAUUCACAAGAUUCUUUAACAAUAAACAAAAAACCGAAAAACACAAAUAAAACUAAAAUAAAAUGAAAAUAAUAAAAA